AUGCGCUCCUCCAUCCAGUCCGGUCUGCUACUGGCUGCAUCCCUCUCGACCUCGAUCGUCGAGGCAGAGCGAGUGCUUGGCGCAUUCAUUUUUGCCCGCCACGGGGAUCGCACAGCCAAAGUAUUUGGAAACACUGAAUUAACCGAUCUCGGCUACUCCGAGGUCUAUACCGCCGGCGACUUCUAUCAUGACCGAUACAUUAAUUCGAGUUCAGAGAAGCACAUUGAGGGCAUCGCCUCCGAGAUCGUCGUGGCUAAGCAGAUCAGUGCCAGUGCCCCCGAUGAUGCUGUGCUCCAAAACUCGGCUACUGGCUUCCUCCAGGGUGUUUAUCCCCCGGCGGGAAGUGAUGCCAACACCACGCUGGGGAACAGCACCGUCGUGAUGUCUCCCUUGAACGGGUACCAGCUGAUCCAGUUGACCACCACCACCUCUGGGUCUGACAGCGAGGACGCAACCUGGCUACAAGGCUCUAGUGACUGCCAGAAGGCGACCAUCAGCAGCAACAACUACUACACCUCCGACUCCUACAACUCAUUGUUGAAGUCCACCGAGGACUUCUAUCAGUCGUUGUCAUCCAUGCUUAACACCACCUUCACUUCCUCGCAGAUGACCUUUAAGAAUGCUUACACCAUCUUUGACUAUCUCAACGUUGGCAUCAUUCACAACACCACCGAGGAGUUCGCCGGUGGCGAAUAUCCAUCCAACGAGGAGUUCGACCAGAUUUUCCAGCUGGCUAGCAACCAGCAAUGGAACCUGGCCUACAACGAGUCGGAUACCGCUCGUGCUGUUGACGGUGCCGUCCUUGCCGGCGAGAUCCUCUCAGGUCUGAACACCACCAUCGCUUCGGGUGGUGAGAAGUCUAAGCUGAACGUUCAGUUCGGCUCCUACGGCACCUUUAUGUCCUUCUUCGGCCUGGCACAGCUGCCCGCUGCUUCGGUCAACUUCACUGGAAUUCCCGACUAUGCCUCCUCAAUGGUUCUGGAGCUCGUCACUGACAACGAAGACACCGAUUUCCCCUCUGAGAGCGACAUCAAUGUGCGCUUCAUGUUCCACAAUGGCACUCUGACCGGCUCUGACGAGCCCACCGUCUAUCCGCUGUUCGGCCAGUCUAAUAAGCUCCUCUCUUGGUCCGACUUCAAGUCCAGCAUGGAGAAGUUUGCCGUCACUUCGGAUGAUGAGUGGUGCAAUUUAUGCGGCAACACUGAUGGCAAAUGCGCAUCCUCCACGGCCAGCACCAACAGCUCCGACUCUUCGAGUGGCUCCGGCUCCGGCUCCGGCUCUGGGGGUAUGUCGCGUGCCGUCGCCGGUGUCAUCGGUGCUAUGGUCACUCUUGCAGUUAUCCUCGGCCUGGAGGCUCUCUUCUUCCUGGUCGGUGGAUUCCGCAUCAUCAAGCGCCGCAGCGGUGUUCCUGAGAUGGCCACCUCAGCUGGUGUGACUGGUGAUAAGAAGGCUUAA